CACAAGCAUACCAGUCGCAGUGGACGUGCCAGAGUCACGAUGUAGGUAAAUCAUCCGGCACCACCAACAUGAUGUCGGUAAUCAGCUCUUUGCGUAAGCAAAUUGCAACAUGCGAAGCCACACUCAAAGAUCUGCGUCAACAGCUGGCGGAAGCGGAACACAAUCAACGCGAGCAGGGCAAGGUUGUGCCGCAGAAAAGGCCGCUAGCGACUGAUCCUACAAAUCCAAUGGAUCAUGACAUGAACUUUGGAGUCCCUGAUCAGUUUCGUGACGAGGUCUUUUCGAUCCUCCAGCCAGAGCAAAAGGCGCCGGAGGCUGCAAGCAUUGCAGCCGAGGAUGCGCCAAGAUGGCCAUUGGAGAAGAACGAAUACAAGAGAUAUGGAAGGCAGCUGAUUAUGCUUGAGAUCGGACUGAAAGGUCAGCUUCGCCUGAAAGAUGCCCGUGUACUCAUCGUAGGUGUUGGUGGUCUUGGCUGUCCAGCUGCUGCGUAUCUCGUCGGAGCAGGAGUUGGUACCGUCGGACUAGUCGAUGGCGAUGUGGUAGAAGAGUCGAAUUUGCACCGACAGAUCUUACACUCAACGGCCAGAGUUGGAAUGACCAAAGUCGAGAGCGCGAUGGUGUCUCUGAAGUCGCUCAAUCCUAAUGUCAUACUCAUCCCUCACAUAUCCCGACUGAGCCCAGAGACAGCGAUCUCGACCUUCAAGUCAUAUGAUUUGGUCCUGGAUUGCACAGAUACACCAGCGUCGCGCUAUCUAAUAUCCGAUACAUGUGUCCUCCUAGGCAAAACCCUCGUCUCAGCCUCAGCCCUUCGCAUCGACGGCCAAAUGAUGGUCUUGAACAACCCCCCGUUACCAGCCGGCGACCCCAACGGCGGCCCGUGCUACCGCUGCGUCUUCCCCAAGCCACCACCCCCCGAAUCCGUCGUCUCAUGUGGCGACGGCGGCAUUCUAGGACCCGUCGUCGGCGUAAUGGGCGUGUUGCAAGCACUCGAAGCGAUCAAAGUCCUCACCCACAAACCUACUACAACACCCGCAGAGCCGCCGAGUCUUCUUCUCUUCUCAGCCUAUUCAAAUCCGAUGUUCCGAUCCAUACGCCUCAGGAGUCGGAAGGCUAAGUGCGCUGCGUGUUCUACGCAUGCGACGAUUAGCGCGGAAGCGCUGGAAUCUGGAAGCCUGGAUUAUGUUCAGUUCUGCGGUAGUUUACUUCCAGAUACUAAUCCACUGGCCCCCGAAGAACGCAUAUCAGCCAAGAACUAUGCGCAGUUACGAUCAGGUGUUAAUCCUUUCACGGGAACAGUAUCGAAGAAAGAAAGCCAUCUGCUAGUCGACGUCAGGGAGAAAGUACAGUUUGAGCUGUGUAAUAUUGACGGGAGUAUAAAUGUGCCUUUCUCUACAGUUUCAGCUACCCGAGGGCCUGCGUCCGCUGUCGAAGAGGAGGGUUGGGCUAAGAUGCUACGACAGUCUGAGAAGCCUAUCUUCGUUGUGUGCAGAUUAGGCAACGACUCGCAGGUCACAGUCAAGAAGAUGAAAGAGCUUGGACUCGAUGCGGGAGGGAAGAGGUAUAUUGGUGAUAUCAAAGGAGGUCUACAGGCAUGGAGAAGUAGUGUUGAUACCGAGUUUCCAGAUUACUAAAGCCAUGCUCCCAAUUUACCG